GGAAGCAACCCCAAAAUGAAAAUGGAUGCUGCUAUAGACGUUUGUCUAUAUAAGUGUGAAAAAUACAUUACCCACUUCACUUCACUUGAGUAGUCUAUCACUGAAAAUACUACAUUGUUCCAAUGUCGGAUAGAAUAAGCAAUUUGCCAGAUGAACUUCUCUGCCACAUUCUAUCAUUUCUCCCAACGGAAAAUGCUGCUGCCACAACUAUUCUCUCAAAGAGGUGGAGAUCACUCUGGCUUUCAGUCCCUACCCUAGACUUUCACAAAGAACGAUAUCUCGAAGGGAAGGAGUCGAAAUCGUACUCUGACUUCAGCAAUUUCGUAUACGCUGCCAUUCAUUCACGAGGUUUGCAUCAACCCAUCAAAAACUUUACCCUCGACCCAGGUUACGAUUGUCCAUUUGAUGAUGUCAAGGAAUGGUUAAAAGCAGCAAAAAGACACCACCUUGAGAAACUCGUAAUCUGGUAUCCCUAUUCACCAGUGACUUGCUUUAUUCUCAGCUGCACAAACCUAGUUGUUCUCAAGCUGACUUAUGCAUAUUUUGAAGCUUUUUCUUCUGUGAACCUGCCCUCGCUCAAAACACUGUAUAUGGACGAUGUUGAGUUUGUAAACCCUCAAUCUUUGAUGAACCUUCUAUAUGGGUGUCCUGUUCUUGAAGAUUUGGUAAUAUAUGACGUAUAUUUUGAUGACUCAGAUUUGAUAGAGGAUGAAAUAUCCUAUAAUGACUCUCCCUUUGAGGGGCAGGUUAAUACUUUAUCCAAUUUGGUCAGUGCAAAUGUCAAUUUUUGCAAUGCUUUUCAUAUUCCUGUGAAAGCUUAUUCCAAUGCACAGUUUCUGCACUUAAACAAGUGUGAUGCGGACAUUCAUGUGUUUCUCAAUUUAACUUAUCUGGAGCUCUUCUCUGGAUGCUCUCUUAAAUGGAAUUCGGUGCUUCAUAUGCUCAAUCAUUGCCCUAAGCUUCAAACUGUUGUCUUUAUUACUUAUGAUGGUGCUGAUAAGGUUUGGCCAGACCCAGGUUUUGUUCCUGAAUGCUUUUCUUCUCAUCUUAGGAAGUGCUUUAUUAAAGGUUUUGCAGGAGUGGAUUAUCAGAUGAGAUUAGCAAGAUAUGUUUUGCAAAACUCAACAUCAUUACGUACCAUGGCAAUUUCUGACCCCUGGGAUCGCCUAAAUCACCAAGAAAAGCUUGAAGUAAUGGCAGAAUUAGCUUCAUACCCGAGGAGCUCUGCAGUUUGUGAUCUUGUAUUUAAGUAAUUGAUAUGCUUGUUAGUAGUUGGAAAUUAUUCCUAAAGUGGAUGACUGCAUUUGUUCAUAGUUUAAUGUAUCUGCUGGUUUUGGUGCUUUUGUUAAACAAAAACUUUGUGUGUUGUUGUACUCUUUCUCCUGUUAUUGUUUUGAAAAUUGCUGAUCUUAUGCACUA